AUGUCUCAAGCCUGUAUCCGCUGCAGGAAGCAGAAACGGAAAUGCGACAAACUCUUCCCCGUGUGCUCUCUUUGCAAACGAUUGAGCAAGUCUUGUUCAUAUCCAGUGAUCGACGCUGAAUCACCUCGUCCCAUAUCUGUUCCCGACUUGAGUGACCUGACGCCGCUGAAUAUUCGCUAUACCCUGGAAGAGCAAGUCUCGUCGAUUGUGGGCGACGGCCCCCAACUACAAGAGGCCGUCGCCGUAUACUUCCGAACCGUGCACGCCUGGCUGCCAGUCGUGGCCGAAACCGCAUUCUACUCUCGGCUCUGGAAAUUCCGGACUCAACCUGCCCCGUCGGAGUUUAGCGUGUUGACCCUCUGUAUGUUCCUCGUGUGUACGAUGCCUAUAGAUGGGGCAGUGUCGGCUGAAACGCGAUCCCUAUAUAUUCUUGUGAAGGGCUUCAUCGCCACACUUGAGGCCAUGGGCACGAACUCUUUGGACCUGCUGCAGGCCCGACUUCUUUUGACUGUUUUCGAAAUCGGACAUGCAAUCUACCCGGCUGCCUAUAUCUCGGCAGGAGCUAACGUCCGGGCGGCGAUCGCUCUCGGGGCCAGUGCCGCCUCGUCUGAGGACCUGCAUAAAGUGUUUCUGGAUCCACAAGAAGCAGAGGAGGCGCGACGGACCUGGCGGGGCAUUAUUAUCACAGAUAGAUAUACCUCUCUGGAGAGCGACAAUGAACCUAGCGCUCUCCGCGGACGACGUGUAGAUGCAGCGAUCAACAAUCAUGAUGUUGAUGAAACAAUGCAGAGCGAUCCAUUCACGAAGUUAUUCCAUUCAUCCGGACUCUUGGAGCACGUGCUUGCCCAUAUCCACGAGUAUCAUGAGCUCAUCUCGCUUCCACCACCCAAAAGCGUAGAGGCACGCUUAGACGCAUUGCACAUCAUCAAGACUUUGACCUCGCUGUUGGCAACAUUCCAGAGAGAAAGCCCUACCUUGGAUCCUCUAUCGUCCAGCUCCCUGGCUAUAUACCGAAGGUAA